AAAAAAGAGGCAAAGUAGAGGACGCAAGAUACAAAGAUCAUAAAAUUUUAUGAAGUAGGCAAUCCUUUUCUUUUAUUGAUUCUUCAUCUGAUCUAUUCAUCUUCUUUUUCUAUCUCCAGCCCUCCCUUUACGGAAUUCAUCAUCUCUCAAAGCUCUGUCAUGUCAUUCAGAACUCCUGGAGUGGCAAGUGCAUCUCCCGGAGGCAUGGUGCUUACUGAUCACGGCAGAAACGCAUUUCUGGAGCUACAAAGGAAGAAGGUGCAUCGUUAUGUGAUUUUUAAGAUCGAUGAGAAGAAGAAGAAGAAGAAGAAGAAGGAAGUGUUGGUUGAGAAAACUGGCAACUCUGCUCAAACCUAUAGUGAUUUUAGUGAUUCUUUGCCACAAAAUGAUUGCAGAUAUGCUGUAUAUGACUUUGACUUUGUCACAGCUGAGAACUGUCAAAAGAGCAAGAUUUUCUUCAUUGCAUGGUCUCCUCAAACAUCCGGAAUUCGUGCAAGAAUGCUUUACGCGACGUGCAAAGACAGGUUCAAAAGAGAGCUUGAUGGUUUCCAUUAUGAGAUUCAGGCUACUGAUCCAACUGAAAUGGACCUUGAGGUGCUUAGGGACGGUGAGGCGGCCAUGGAGAAGCUAGAAAUAUUAGUAUUAAGCUGGUUAGAAGUCGAAGAAUUUAAUCUAAAUAGGCAAGACCUCCAUAUGUCAAUAUGUUACUUUUAUGGGUUAUAGAUAUGGCAAAUUCUGAAGUACCUUAAAGAUACCGUACCUUGCUUAUAUGGUCCAAUCAGGAAGUUGGAGAUUUAAUGUUUUCAUAUAUUAUGCCGCAAAGUUUCAUGUUAUAAAAG